GGAAAGAGGAGAGAAGGAACUCAGAUGCGUGCUGAGGUGACGAGGAGCGGGGAGUUGCUAUCCUGAUCGCGCGCUCUCUCUCUCUUUUUCUCUCUCUGUCUGUACCACUCGAUCUUGUUUGAAAAUGGAUUCGUUCGCUGGUAUCAAGCUGUCCUUUGCCGUCUCCCUAUUCAUCAGCUUGUGGGCGUGUAUAGCAACCGCUCAUUCCCACAAUUGUGACAAUCACCUUGUAUCUGGCUUGCAGCAGUCGGCAUUCAAAUCCUCCUCCGUGUUAUCUACCACCCACAGCCCUGGCUUUGCAAAGCUGAACAGGCGAGAUGGAGCAGGUGGAUGGUCCCCAUUGGAUUCGAACAAAUACCAAUGGUUACAGAUAGAUCUGGGAGAGAGAACGGAAAUUACUGCCAUAGCAACCCAAGGCCGAUAUGGGAGCUCAGACUGGGUGACGAGUUAUGUGCUGAUGUUCAGUGACACUGAAAGAAACUGGAAACAAUACCGGCAAGAAGACAACACUUGGGCCUUUCCAGGAAACUCCAAUGCAGACAGUGUUGUGCAUUACAAACUGCAGUACUCCAUCAGAGCCAGAUUCCUACGCUUUGCCCCCCUCAAGUGGAACCCCAGUGGUAGAAUAGGAAUGAGGGUUGAGGUUUACGGCUGCCCCUACAGAUCGGAUGUGGCUGACUUUGAUGGCAGAAGUUCCUUGCUCUAUAGAUUCAACCAAAAGAGUGUGAGUACAGUGAAGGACAUGAUCUCCCUGAAGUUUAAAACAUUACAAAGUGAUGGUGUGAUGCUACAUGGAGAGGGUCAAAGAGGAGACUACAUCACACUUGAGCUGAAGAAAAGCAAACUAUCUUUGGAGAUCAAUUUAGGGGAUACUAAACUACGAUCCGUUAAUGGUCACACCUCGGUCACACUGGGCAGCUUGUUGGACGACCAGCACUGGCACUCCAUUACAAUCGAGCGGUACAACAAGCAGGUGAACUUCACUGUGGAUAAACACACACAGCACUUCCGAACCAAAGGAGAGUUUGAUUACCUGGAUAUUGAUUAUGAGCUAAGUUUCGGAGGAAUUCCAGUUCCGGGCAAGUCGGUGACAUUUCUGAGGAAGAAUUUCCAUGGCUGUAUUGAAAAUCUCUAUUAUAAUGGAGUGAAUAUUAUUGAUCUGGCCAAGAGACGCAAACCUCAAAUACAUGUUGUGGGCAACGUGACCUUCUCAUGUACAGAUCCUCGCAUUGUUCCAGUCACCUUCAUGAGUUCCAGCAGUUAUCUGCUGCUGCCCGGGAAGCCCCAGAUGGAUGGUCUUUCAGUCAGCUUCCAGUUUCGCACCUGGAACAAGGAUGAGCUACUGUUGUACAACGAGUUCCAUGCAAACUCCGGAGUAUUGCAGAUUUACCUGGUCAAGGGGAAGCUCAAAAUAACUGUCCAUAAAUUAUCCCGGAGCCUGGCAGACAUCACCACAGGUGUCAAUCUGAAUGAUGGACUGUGGCAUUCGAUUAAUUUGAAUGCCAGAAGAAAUCGUGUUAGCAUCAUAUUGGACAAUAAUGCUACCUCAACCUUUCAUUCAACCAUACAGAUGCAAAUUUACUCCGGGAGCAGCUAUUAUUUUGGAGGCUGCCCUGAACAAGCUGCUGCCACUGAUUGUUCAAAUCCCUUCGGUGCGUUUGAAGGCUGCAUGCGGCUCAUUCUGAUUGACAACCAAGCAGUGGAUCUCAUUUCAGUGCAACAAGGUCUAAAGGGAAACUUCACUGACCUACAUAUAGAUCUUUGUGGCAUCCAGGACAGGUGUUUACCAAAUUACUGUGAACAUGGAGGAGAAUGCUCUCAAUCCUGGAACACCUUUCACUGUGACUGUGCUGGGACUGGCUACACUGGAGAAACCUGCCAUAGCUCCUUGUAUGAGAAAUCUUGUGAAGCGUAUAGACACAGAGGGCAAAUGUCAGAUUUCUUUUCUAUUGAUCCGGACGGCAGCGGUUCCCUGAAGCCCCUUCUUGUGUACUGUAACAUGACAGAAGACAAGACGUGGACAGUAAUUCAGCACAACAACACAGAGCUAACCAAAGUCCAGGGUUCUAGUUCAAGCAAACCUCAGCUUGUGCACUUAAGCUACACUGCUAACAGAGAGCAACUCCAAGCUAUGAUUAACAACAUGGAUUACUGUGAACAAGAGGUGUCUUACCACUGUAAAAGAUCUCGCCUUCUAAACACACCAGGUGGAACCCCGUUUACCUGGUGGAUUGGGAGGACCAAUGAGAAACAAACUUACUGGGGAGGAUCGCUGCCUGGAGUUCAGAAAUGUGCCUGUGGGUUGGAAGAAAGUUGUCUGGAUAACAAGUAUCACUGUAACUGCGAUGCUGACAGAGAUGAAUGGGCGAAUGAUACAGGCCUUCUCUCACACAAAGAUCACUUGCCUCUAACUCAGCUUGUCAUUGGAGACACUAACAGAACAGGUUCUGAAGCUGCCUAUAGACUUGGUUCACUCCGUUGCAAUGGAGACAAUAACUACUGGAAUGCAGCAUCCUUUAACACCAAGUCUUCAUAUCUCCAUUUCCCUACAUUCCAUGGGGAGUUAAGUGCGGAUAUCACAUUUUUCUUUAAAACAACGGCUUCUGCGGGUGUUUUCCUGGAGAAUCUGGGCAUCAAAGACUUCAUUCGGAUCGAAUUAAGAUCUCCUGUGGAGGUUCUCUUCUCAUUUGAUGUGGGGAAUGGCCCCUUCUUGGUUUUGGUUAAGUCACCUUCACAGCUCAAUGACAACCAGUGGCAUUACGUGAAGGCUGAGCGAAACAUCAAGGCAGCCUCGCUUCAAGUGGAUCACCUGCCACGACAGGCUCGAGAGGCGCCGUCUAAUGGGCACAUCCACCUCCAGCUCAACAGCCAGCUGUUUGUAGGAGGAACAGCUUCAAGGCAGAGAGGAUUCAUUGGAUGCAUUCGGGCUUUACAGUUGAAUGGGGUGAACCUCGAUCUUGAAGAGCGAGCCAAAAUGACUCCUGGAGUUAGACCUGGCUGUCCUGGGCACUGCACCAGCUAUGGCAACCUGUGUCAUAAUGGAGGGAGAUGUAUAGAGAAAUACAACGGAUAUUCAUGCAACUGCACUUCGUCUGCAUAUGACGGGCCAUUUUGCAAGACCGAGGUGUCUGCCUUCUUUGAGGUUGGAACAUCCCUAAUAUACAACUUUCAGGAAUUUUAUGGGAUUGUCAGGAAUCUAAGUGCACAUUUAUCUGCCAUCUACAUGGAUAAGACUACCUCCUCAGAGAACACUGCUUUCAGCUUCCGGACAACACGGGCUCCCAGCAUCCUCCUGUAUGUCGACACUUACCACGAUGAGUAUUUGGCUGUGAUAUUACAGCAAAAUGGGAGCUUGCAGGUCAGAUAUAGGCUUGACAAUAACAAAGAUCCUGACAUCUUUAAUUUUGAUGUUGGAAACCUCGCAGAUGGACUUCUCCACAGCGUCAAAAUCAACCGCGAAGGACCAAGUGUCUAUGUUGAGAUUGACCAUUUACAUUCUAUGAACUACAAGCUGUCAUCAGACACAGCAUUUAAUGGGCUCAAGUCUCUCGUCCUGGGCAAGAUAAUAGAUAUUGGCAAUCUUGACCAGGAGAUACUGAAUGCCAAUGCACAGGGUUUUGUUGGCUGCCUCUCUUCAGUUCAGUUCAAUUGGAUUGCUCCAUUAAAGGUGGGACUACGGCACUUCACCUCUUCCCCAGUGAUUGUAAAAGGGGAUCUGGUUGAAUCUGAUUGUCGAACAUCAGUGAUGACUGAGCCAAUAGCUGUGACUACCGCACUUUCAUUUGCAGAUCAUUCCAAACCCACUGAGGAGGAAGCACCAUUGCAGAAGGCAGUCAAAAGUGAUUCUGCAGUUAUUGGAGGUGUAAUAGCGAUUGUGAUUUUUGUCAUCCUCUGCAUCUUUGCUAUAACUGGCCGCUUGCUGUACCAGAACAAAGGCGCGUACCAGAACAACGAAGCAAAACGAACGGAGUACGCUGAGGCUCCAGACGUCGCACUAAAGAACAAGGCCAAUUACCAAGAUGCUGAAGGCAGAAAAGAGUAUUUCAUCUGACAACAAAAGAGGCUUUCCUCGAUGCAACAGGCAGAUUAAUCACACUGACAGCCUGGGCUCGCUUUCGUGCUCUGAGUUAGCUCCAGACUCUGCAGACUAAAGGCCAAAUGCUUGCUCAAAGCACACAGACACCUGGCUUAUUCUUUGGUUUACCUGACAGUGCUGGUUAUAACCCUAUUGUUACCUGCUAAUUGCCAGCACAAAGGAGUAGAAUGAAGAAUCUACAACAUUAAGGUUUCAGUAACAGUGGCUAUUGUAAGUGUAGCAACAAUCCUUCUCAGAACAAUGUAAAGCAUUAAUAUAAACUUUUAAAUGUAACCAUAUACUUGGUUUAUCCUCAUGACAUUCUUUUCCUUUUUUUGUUCCUCUUGAGGGUGAUUGCAUUAUUUACUCAUUGACCAGGUUAACUCCGAGUAAGGUAAAGAACUGGUUAAGUGCUGAUUUAAGAUGCAAUCUUCAUUCUUGCUGAACAAUCAAGUCAUUAUCAUUAAUCUAAUGCUCUGUUAGAAGAUGCCAAUUAGGUAAAGUAAAAAUUGUUCAUACUAAUUAUAAGAAUUCCUGGUAGGCUUCCUGCCAAACCAAAGCUUAAAGUUACUUAGAACAAGUAAAACAGAAGAAUAUGUUUCAAUGCAUUUUUGUUCAGAAAUCAUUUUGAGGCAGCCAAACUAAAGGAUUUAAUCACAUAAAUUCUGAUAGAACCAGAAAAUAAUCACAAGACUGUAUCUCUUCACUUUUGCCAAUGUCAGCUUUCAUUCCCCAGUGUGCUUACAGACAGAACUUACUCAGCCAGCAGUUGGCACAGAACAGAUCUCACAAAAAGCAGGGUAGUCUUGAGAACAAAUUGUCUGUAGCAAAGUAUACGUAAGUAACUACAACAAGGAGAAAUCAUGACAAAACUUAUUGCAACAUCAUCGCACAGUGGCACAGUUGGUAGAGCCAUUGCCUCACAGCACCAGAGAUCCGGUUUCAGUUCCAACCUCAGGCGGUGUUUGUGUGGAGAAUAACAAAUGCAAUUGAUAGAAUACAUUACAGUACGCUAGAAGCCCCUCGGCCCAUGAUGCUAUUUUGGCAUAUAAUUGUGAGGAAAAUGGAAGGAUAUGGACAUUGUGUAGGCAGGAGAAAAUAGUUUAGUUAGUCAUUCGAUUACCAACUUAAUUGUUUCAGCACAGCAUUGAGAGCUGAAGUGUCUGUUCCUGUGCUGUGCUCUUCUCUCACCAGCUACAAGCAGGUUUAACUGCCUACAAUAAAGUCAUGGACGGAGGAGAGCUGUACAAAACUUAGUACACAUAUUGUAACUAAUUCCAGUUCCCUGAUCCGCAGUUAAUUAGAUAAAGUAAAUGGUUCUCAGUAGUUCCUUGCAGCAGUCUCUAGGUGUGUUCUUUGAACUAUAGUAUAAAAGAUGAGGCUCUCUGAGAAGAAUGUGUACACUGAAAAGGGUAGGUGCCCGGAAUGUACUGCCGGGGUUUGGUGGUGCAGACAGAUAUGACAGACAGGCUCUUAGACUGACAUAUGAAAAUGCUGGCAAUGAGGAAUAUGGACAUUUUCAGGCAGAAGGGAUUAGAUUAAUUGGACAUUAUUAGCUUAAUUAAUUCAAGACAGCAUUGUGGACCGAAGAGUCUGUUCCUGUGCUGUACUGUUCUAUGUUCAAUGUUCAGUGUUGCUCUAUAAUGCAAACACAGAGUCUGGGCAGCCUCCUCAGACUCCCUGUUUGACUGGGUUUCCUCUAUAAUACCGCAGAUUCCAGAAAUCUGAAAUAAAAACAGAAAAUUGGUGAAAUAAGCUUGAAGUCAGGCAACAUUUUUGAAUAGACCAAUACAGAGUGAAGAUGUUUCAUCAGGUUUGAACAUAAUGAUCAGUUUUA